CCCCUCCCCUCUCUCUAUCUCUCACUUUCUCGCUGUCUGUUGGAACCAAACAGACGCCCCUCUCUCUCACUCUCUCUCUCUCACACACACACCCUCUCUCUUUCUCUUUCUGAUUCUGUUCCUUUCUUUCCUUGUCAUAGACCCUGAGAGAGACAAGAGCGCGCACGCUCUCAUUUCUCACCUUCCUUUCACUUGGGUUUCUUCGAUCGUAACAUGAGCAGAGUGGAGAGGUUCAUUCUCCAUUUUCUGUUAUGAAUCCCGCCGUCGAUUCCGCUGUUGCAGCAGCGCCACCGCCAUUGUUACAGCAGCAGCAGUUGCUGCAGCCCAAUCGACCUUCCACCUCCUGUGAUCGCCACCCGCAAGAGCAUUUCACAGGCUUUUGCCCCUUAUGCCUCUGCGAGCGCCUUGCCGUACUCGAUCCCAACUCCUCGUCUUCCAGUUCCUCAAGCCGGAAACCACCAACUUCCUCCGCCGCCGCCGCCGCCGCUCUUAAAGCCAUCUUCAGGCCCUCCUCUGGUGGUGGAGGCGGCGGGGGGAACGCCUCAGGUCGUGGAAACCGGCCACCCACUUCGUCUUCUUCAUUCUUGCCGGAGCUUCGCCGGACAAAGUCGUUUUCUGCUUCCAAAAACGAGGGUUUCUCGGGUGUCUUUGAGCCCCAGAGGAGGUCCUGUGACGUAAGGGCUCGAAGCACUCUCUGGUCCCUCUUCAAUCAGGACGACGGACGCAACCCUCCGAAGAAUGAAGCUCCCCGAGCUGAGGUUGAGGUUGAAACGAGGAAUUUAGCCUCUUCUUCGAAUUAUCAGGGCCCGGCAUUCGUGUCGAAGGUAGAAGAAGAGGAUGAGGACGAACAUGGGGAUGAGGAAGAAAAUGUUAAAGAUCAUGAAGACGAGAUUAUGGUUGUGGAGGAGCCAAAUGUGGGUAAUGUGACUGAGAAUCGGGUUCAAGAAAUUGUGGAAGAAGAGGUGGAGCCGGAAUUAGUCGUUGAGGAAGAUAUAAAGACCAUGAAGGACCACAUAGAUCUCGAUUCCCAGACGAAGAAGACUUCUGGGAGAGAUUUCAAAGAGAUUGCAGGAAGCUUCUGGUCUGCGGCUUCCGUUUUCAGCAAGAAAUUACAGAAGUGGAGGCAAAAUCAGAAGAUGAAGAAACGCAGACAUGGUGGUGGGUCCGCCAGACUGCCUGUGGAGAAGCCUAUUGGGAGGCAAUUCAGAGAUACACAGUCGGAGAUCGCAGAUUAUGGAUUUGGGCGAAGAUCGUGCGACACCGAUCCAAGGUUCUCGCUUGAUGCUGGCCGAAUGUCGUUCGAUGAUCCUCGUUACUCUCUAGAUGAGCCUAGGGCUUCCUGGGAUGGCUACUUGAUCGGAAGAACGUUUCCGAGAAUGCCCACUAUGCUUUCUGUGGUGGAAGAUGAUCCAGUUCCCGUUUUGAGGACGGAUACUCACAUCCUAACUGAAGAGCCCGCGAAUGCGAUUAAUGAAAAUGAUAUGGCUCCUGGUGGGUCCGCGCUGACCAAAGAGUACUAUUCGGAUUCUAGGAGAAGGAAGAGCCUUGAUAGGUCCAACUCGAUUAGGAAAACUGCAGCAGCAGUCGUAGCGGAGAUGGAUGAAUUGAAGCCAGUUUCAAACGCCAAGGUGACUCCUGCGUCUGCCGAUUACUUGCAUGGCCAAAAAACGGUUUUCGCCGAUAGAGACUUGAGAGAUUCAAACUCGAAUUCAAUGAGGGAUGAUAGCUCUGAGACCUUUGAUAUGGGUUUUAGAGACACUUCAUCUGUUAUUGGGAGUGGUGACCGGAAAGGGUCUAAGAAGUCUGGCCGGUGGAGCAAGGCUUGGAGCAUUUGGAGUUUUUUCAGAGGUGGAAAUAAAGAUGAGGAUGAAGAUCGGUAUAGUAGAGCUAACGGGGUUGAACGUUCUUACUCAGAAUCUUGGCCAGACUUAAGAGGGAAUCGCAAUGUAGAUGCCAGGAGUACUUUCAAUGCCAAGGUGUUUCGAAGUAACAGCAGUGUGAGCUGGAGAAAUGCACAAAACAUUGGUGGAUCAUUUGAUGGCCCUCUGAGGAAGAAUGGUGUUCAGGCUAAUGGACAGGGAAAGAAGGCUAAAGAUGAGUUUGCGUUGGAAAGGAAUCGGAGUGCAAGGUAUUCUCCCAGCCAUUUCGACAAUGGUCUCUUAAGGUUCUACUUGACGCCACUGAGAGGCAGCCGGAGAAAUGGGUUCGUGAAAAGCAGGUCGAACCAGGCACAUUCUAUUGCAAGGAGUGUACUUCGAUUGUACUAAAAUUGAAGGUCCUUAAGUGAUGUAGGAUGUGGGCGAGGAUGGACCUGAAAGGUACAGGAAAAGUUGUGAGGACAUAAGAUAGGUGGAUACAGAGUAAGGAGAAGAAGACAAACUGCUAGCAGAUACAUAGAAAUAAGAGUGCAGAAGGUUGGCCCUCCAUGUUUGGAAAAGAAGAACAAUUUUGCAGAUUUGUGUAGGAGCUACUGAUUAACUUGAAACUGGGGAAUAUUACUGCAACUAGCAUGUCAAGUCGACAGCAUGUGUUAACUUGAUGUGUUUUUUCUUUUUUACCAUAAUGUACAAAUUUAUUCGGUAUAGAAAUUUUAACAGUUGCUUAAUGCUUA